CCUGUGCAGUGUUAAGAGGCCAGUAACUGUGGAAGCCUUUCCGCAGUACAAAUCUUUUGGCUCUUUCCAAGCCCGAGACUACAAACAGCUUAUGAGUCUUAAGUGGACAGCGAGAUGAAUAACAUGGUUUUUUGGUGGAAGACCAAUGGCAGUGGAAUGGAAACAGUGCUGUAUGUGACAAAUAUAAGGAAUACAAAUGAUGACACCCCACCACUAGUUCAGAAGUGCAGGAGAAGAAACCCACCUACAACCUUUGAGAAAAUGGAUGUUGCCUCCAGCACCUUUGAGUGCUCAUGUCUCAAUGAAUCAUUGCUGCUUCACAUCUCUAGGGCUCACCGAGCUAUGGAACUUGAUUUUGGACACUUUGACGAAAGAGACAAGGCGUCCAGAAACAUGCGAGGCUCCCGUAUGAAUGGCCUGCCUAGCCCCACUCACAGUGCCCAUUGCAGCUUCUACAGAACCAGGACCUUGCAAGCACUGAGCAACGAGAAGAAAGCCAAGAAGGUGCGCUUCUACCGCAAUGGGGACCGCUACUUCAAGGGGAUUGUGUAUGCUGUCUCUGGCGACCGCUUCCGGAGCUUUGAUGCCUUGCUUGCUGACCUGACCCGGUCUCUGUCCGAUAACAUUAACCUGCCUCAGGGAGUUCGCUACAUUUACACCAUUGAUGGCACCAGGAAGAUUGGGAGCAUGGAUGAGCUGGAAGAAGGGGAAAGUUAUGUGUGUUCGUCGGACAACUUUUUUAAGAAAGUGGAGUAUACCAAGAAUGUUAACCCCAACUGGUCCGUCAAUGUGAAGACCUCUGCUAACAUGAAAGCACCUCAGUCCCUGGCCAGUAGCAACAGCGCCCAGGCCAGAGAGAACAAGGAUUUUGUGCGUCCCAAGCUGGUGACCAUCAUUCGGAGUGGGGUGAAACCCAGAAAGGCUGUGCGUGUGCUCCUGAAUAAGAAAACAGCCCAUUCAUUUGAGCAAGUUCUUACCGAUAUCACAGAAGCCAUAAAGCUGGAAACAGGAGUCGUCAAGAAGCUGUACACCCUGGACGGAAAGCAGGUGACCUGUCUCCACGAUUUCUUUGGGGAUGAUGACGUGUUUAUUGCCUGUGGUCCAGAAAAAUUCCGCUAUGCGCAGGAUGACUUCUCCCUGGAUGAAAAUGAGUGCCGGGUAAUGAAAGGGAACCCUCCGACUACUCCAGGCAGCAAGUCCUCCCCAACACCUCAGAAAAGUUCUGCAAAGAGCCCAGGUCCCGUGCGCAGGAGCAAAUCCCCAGCUGAUUCAGGUAACCAUCAGGAUGCAAAUGGAACAUCAAGCAGCCAGCUGUCCACGCCCAAAUCAAAGCAGUCCCCGAUCUCCACACCUACCAGUCCAGGGAGCCUCCGUAAGCACAAGGUAGACUUGUACCUGCCUCUAUCCUUGGAUGACUCUGAUUCCCUUGGAGACUCCAUGUAAAGAAAUCCAGUUCCCCGUGUCCGUCGCACAUGCUCUGGUGCAGUACUUCUGCCAAAAGGAGCAGAGAGGUCACUGGUGCUUGCACACCAAACUAAGGACACAAAAAGUUAUGUCUUUUUUUUCCCUUUCUUUCUUUCUAUGAUUUCUCCUCUGUGCCACAAAACCAACACCCAUGAACCGACAGAGAUAAAGGGAUGCCAAUCGUAACUUCAUUGGGAAGCUCAAUGGCCAUCGUUGGCAGCAUGAAAUCAGAGGGCACAUGACCUUCAUCCCCUCCCCAGACAUUUCAGUUCCAACAUCUCCAAAGUCCUGAUCGUAUAUUUGGCUGUAAGGCAGGUGACAACAUCCUUUCGCAAGUUUUCCAUUAGCAACUCGGUGCGAAGGCCAAGAGGGGAAACAGGUAUAUCCACCAGCAACUUUUUCUUUCUUUCCAAAUACCAAUGAAAUACCAGCAACUCUGCAAAAGCAGACCUGUUUCCAGUUUUACACCUCCGAGUUUGAUGGCUGCGUAUUGCCUAACUCUAAUUUACUUACAGCCAGGGGGAGACAAUUCAAUUUCUAAAAUCCGUUCCAGUUCAAGGGGGAUUAGACAAUGUUAAGGAAAAAAGAAUGAGAACUCAAUAUCAUGAUUUUCUUCUCAAAUUGGACACUGGGGUAUGUUUUAAUAAAUACACAAGGAUACUUUAGCUGUGUGGGAUUUGGGCCUACCUUGCUCUCUCUGCCCGCUUCUCCACUCCCAAAACUGCCUCACCUCAGCAAAAAUCAACUCAGUCCCAUCUUCUCAUCUUUUUCUCUUCUGUUUCACCUCAACCCUCAACUCACCUCAGCCUCUUCUUUUCCUCCUGCUCCGUUUCAUCCCACCACCACCCCAGAGAUUGGCCACUGCAGUACGGUGGUGGUGGUACAGCCCCCUCUAGUAUAUACACACAUAUGACCGGCAAUAAACAUGGCCUGCUUGACAUGAAGUUACUGAAAUGGUAUCUGUUUGUCUCUGUGGACUCUGUUAAUGCCUUGUAAACAGCCAACACUGAAAACACUGUGAAAAAAAUUGUUUUCAGGUCUUAACACCUCUAGGUUAUUUUUUUUUUAUGACAAGAAACUUUUGUAGAGGAAAACAAAUAAUUUUAGCUGUGUUUUAAAGUCAGUCCUUCAAGAACCUUUUUUAAAGAAAUAAAAACAAAAGCUGGUGACUUUC